UGAUCAAUGAAAAGUCGAAAGGAAAAGACCAUCCCAGCUCAGUGAAACACCUUGUAAACCUUGCAGCUUCUUAUUCACGGUCAAAGAAUUACGCCGAGGCCGAGCGUUUACUGCGAAUCGGAUUAAACAUUAUGGUAAAAGCAGUGGGACCAGAUGAUCAAUCAAUUACAAACCCAAUGUUGAAUCUCGCUGUCACUCUUUACAAUCUAAAACGAGACGAUGAUGCCGAGCAACUUGCACUAGAAGUCUUGCGAAUACGGGAAAAUGCAUUCGGAAAAGAUUGCCUUCCUGUUGGUGAAGCUCUAGAUUGUCUGGUUUCCAUUCAGAGCAGGCUCGGAAAGGACGAAACCGAGCUACUGAAGCUGCUCAAGAGAAUUCUAAGAAUCCAGGAGAAAGCGUUCGGGUACGAGGCAAAAGAAGUCAUUGACACCCUCAAGAAAAUAGUAUUCUACAUGGAUAAAUUAGGAUUGAAAGAUGAGAAGUUUCCAGUUCAGAAACGACUGUCCAUGCUUCGAAUGAAAUUCAAGAACCAGAUGCAAUACUAACGGUACUCAUCACUCAUCCAUCUUUCUUAAUCUUGUGAUUAUAUUUUCCCUUCUUUGAGUUAGAGAUGAGGUUUCUGGGUUAACUAUAUACAUAGAUUGCAUAUACUUCGAUGGUCGUAUCGAUUUAGUUAUGAUAUAUCCCGAGCUUACUUUGAAUUGUGAUUCUAUGUAGUUCCU